UACUAUUACAUAGAACAGUUGCUCUUCCAUUCAAAAGCAUAACAGGAUUGUGGUAAUUAGAACCAAGUAAAAAAUCAUUUCCUUCUCUCUUCUCUCCCUCAUAAUUUUCAAUGAAUGGAACAGUUAUCCAGGCUAAAAUCCUAGAGAGGAAGAGGAUUGAGCAUCCGGACAAGAGUCGUCCGUUGAAUUAUCGUUUCUUGAUCGGCUACCGUGUGGAGCUCCUGACCGUGUUCAAGGGAGGAGAUUUCCUAGGAGAAGCUGAUGAGAUAUGGGUCCAGUCUCCCGAUGCUGGUGGACUCUGCGGUGUUACUGGAUUAAUCAUUGAUGAUGUAUAUCUACUAUCAGGUCGUAUCAAACUGGACCUUAACUACGUGACAUACUGUGAUAUGUGGUUCGAAUGGGAUAAGUUAACUGAGGAGCAACUAGUCGGCCUGACAUCUAAAUACAGCAAUAACUGCGCCGAUUGUAGGAUAAGAGGCGUAAUUGGAAUCAUCAAUAUAGACACUCAUUCCGAAGACAAAUAUACGGCUUCAUAUGUGGAUAAGUCCCCUCUUUGGGAUGACGGAAGUUGUCGUUACAACCCUGUUGCAUCUCUCUUCUACAAGUCGCACGAUUGUGAGACGCAGUACAGCCACUGCAUAUGGGCCAACGACACUUGCCUAUGGGAACCUUCAAGAAACUACAACCUUUGCUACAAUGCUCGGGAAGCGGUGUGGAGACAUCGCAACAAAAUGAAACGCCUAGCCGCCGAUGUACCUAAAACUAGACCACGAUGCAAGAGUUCCGCGACGAGAUACAUAAGGCGCUGUGCCGCGGCCAAAGAGAGGAGAAGACAGAAGAAACAGGAGAGAAGAGAAGGACAAAGGCCACCUGUCAAAUACCUUCAAAUUUUACUUAAUGGAACUAGAACAGCACUGGAAACAUCAACUGCUUUGAUGGAAUGAUGAUUAAAAAAUAAAACCCCAGAGAUGGACUGUUUCUUUCCCUGUUCUAUUCUGAAUAAAAGAUACAGUAUCCUUGCAUCUGGGAAAAAACAACCUCUAAUGACUGUUGAGCCUUUUGAACGAGGAAGCUACUUCACAAUAAAUUAUUUGGUGUGGCUAGUUCUCUGCAGUCAUUGUCCUCCACUCACAAAAGUCCUGACUUCAAAGUUCAACCAAACAUUGUAUCUAACACA